AGUUGGUAAUAAUAGAGGGUCACAACGGGUUUAGUGAUGGCUGUUUCUCCCUCGGUGCGAACUACCGGACCAGGUACGUGGCGUACCUGGGCGGGGAAUACCUUCGAGACAACGGUAGGCUAUUUCACCGAUUCCACGGUGGACUCGACCACAACGGAGCAACCUACUACUACAUAUAUUCAGGAGCUUACAACGACAGAGACUGACGUUACAUGGACUAGUCAUCAAUCGACCGUUGAAUCUACCACUUACGAUGGGUCUGUAACUGACUCGCCUACGCUCUCAUCACAAUACUCAACCACAAAUUCAACGCUUUUAUUUAGCGUUGCGUCGGCAACGCAGACGGUUUUGUAUGACUCUGGGACUACCGUAGAAAUUGUUUCCUCUUCAACAAUGAUGGAUGCCAGUUCAACCAUGGGUACGAUUUGGCUGAAUAAUAACCAUUCCUUCGUGGAUAUUGUUACGGGUGAGCCACCAGUUGAAGACACACUCGCAAGAGAUAUCAUCGUAGGUAUUUUAUUGACAGUUAUUGGAACUAUGACCGUCUUUGGAAACACUUUAGUUAUUCUUGCUAUCUAUCGAGAGAGAUGUUUAAGAACUGUAACCAAUCUCUUCAUUGCAUCUCUUGCGUCGGCUGAUUUCAUCAUUGGAGCAAUAGUGAUACCAUUCGCGAUCUACCAUGAGUUGCGUUUUGGUAAGUGGGUGUUUGGUAAACCUUGGUGCGAUAUGUGGCAUGCAAUUGACAUACUGGCAUGUACUGCAUCUAUAACCAAUCUGUGCGUUAUUGCUGUGGAUCGGUAUUGGGCAAUAACUCGCCCUAUGAGUUACCCAUCUCGAAUGACUAAGAAACUUGGAGUCCUUCUCAUAGCAUCAGUUUGGGUUUGUUCAGCACUGAUUUCCUUCCCCUGCAUAGCAUGGUGGCAUGCUGUAGAACCACCAGACAGACCACAAACAGAUUGUGUCUUUCCAGAAGAUGCGACUUAUUUAAUCAUCUCAUCCUGUAUUUCCUUCUACAUCCCAUCCACUAUGAUGAUUUUUAUGUACGCCCAAGUCUACCGGACUGCUGUUGAACAAGUUAAAGUAAUCCGUAGUGGACAGAGAAAAGUUAGCGUUGGUCCAAAGCAAGGGGCAAUGUCCCUACGGAUACACCGAGGUGGAACAUUGAAUAACAACCACAGUUUAGCAGGUUAUAGCAAUGGUUAUAAUGCUAAGAGUAGUGGAGUAACAGGAGGUGGUCAUCAUCAUUGUGGAGCUAAAGGUGCUGUUAAUAAUGCUAGGAGAUCUUUAUUAGCGGGAAUGAAUCGAGAACAUAAAGCCGCUCGAACUCUUGGUAUCGUUAUGGGAGUCUUUAUCAUGUGUUGGUUACCAUUCUUUAUCGUUAAUGUAAUGGCACCAGUUUGCCCUGAAUGUGUGGUCAAUCCACACAUUACGUUUCCUGUUGUGACAUGGUUGGGGUAUGCUAACAGCGCUCUAAACCCAGCCAUUUAUGCCUUCACCAGUCGAAACUUUAAGCGUGCCUUUAUCAAAAUCAUCUGCGACUGCCUGCCAAAACGGUAUCACCCGGAGAAAUGGGAAAAGAGACGGAGACCUCGCCGUGCAAUGUCAAUGAGUAAUAUGGAACCAGACUCAUCCUACACCACAGUGGAAUAUGGAGAGAAUAUGGUAGUCAGGCCACCUGACCACCGGAAGGUCGACUCGUCUACAUUGAGGUCACCAGACCACCGAAAGGUUGAGUCGUCCACGGUCAGGUCACCAGACCACCGACAGGUCGAUUCGUCGACGGGACCGGCCAGGUCACCAGACCACCGGAAGGUCGAUUCGUCGACGGCCAUUUUGAGCGGCGGCCGACCUAACCUUUACGCGUUACGGCAAACAUAUUUCUAAAAAAGUGACACUAAGUAGGUGUUUUAUUUCACAGUUCAAUGCUUUAUCUAUGACUUAAUGCAAUGUGUCGUGUCGUGAACUUGAGAACGUUGUUUUUUAUAAAAAGUAAAUUAUAAAUAUGGAGAGAAUAUGGUAGUCAAGUCACCUGACAACCGGAAGGUCGACUCGUCUACGAUGAGGUCACCAGACCACCGGAAGGUCGAGUCGUCCACGUUGGGUCACCAGACCACCGAAAGGUCGAUUCGUCGACGGCCAUUUUUAGCGGCGGACGACCUAACCUUUACGCAAUACGGCCAACAUACUUCUAAAAAAAGUUACACUAACUUGUAGGUGUUUUAUUUCGCAGUUCAAUGCUUUAUCUAUGACUUAAUGCAAUGUGUCGUGUCGUGAACUUGAGAACGUUGGUUUUUAUAAAAGAAAUUUAUAAACUAAUGCUUCACCAAAGAAGUCUUUAAAAUAAUUCAUCAUCAUUGUAAUUUUGUUUUGUGUAUAAAGUGAAACAAUCUAGUUGUCCACUUUACAAGGUUUGAAGUUGAGUUGAUAAAAUUACUUCGUCUUGAAGAAGCUGAACUAAAAGUUACUGCAGAACCGAAGGUGUUAACUCACACCUUUGUUGACAUAUUUAUUUAUCUUAUAAACGUGUUGUGUACUUUUUUGGUAGAGUUGCAACACCUAAAAGUAUAUUUUUAACAACUCAUAUUACAUGUCUUACAGACGGCAUUGUCAUGGAUACUGUUUUCAAUGUGUUAAACCCAAAGUCAUUUUCACGGCAUGUCACGUAAUUGCCAGGGGCGGUAGUCUACAUUGUCAAAGCUAGCUGUUAUUGAUUCCUAAAUCGGAUAAGUGAAACAACUAAAAGUGUAGAACAGUUGCAGCUGUACUGCAAUAUGACUGUUUACUUUACCUCAUGCUAGGCCCGUCUAAUUAUAUCUACGGACAAACCAGCCACAAAAUCAAUGUUAACAGUGAUUAGUAAUUAUUGAUGCUGGGUGAGAUAUACUGACGGAAACCCUUCCGUAUUGCCACGUGUUGUCCAACUUGGAGUGAGAAAAGCAGAUGGCUUUUAGCUGGCCCGGUGGGGAAAAUGAAAGAAGGAACAGUUAUAUAGUUUUGUAUUAACUUUGUAUGGUUUAAACAGUAUCAGUGAAUAUGGUAAACAUGGAGCACAUUUCUCUGAGUUAUGUAUCUGUUAAUUUGAAUUUUAAGUGUAAUUCAGUGAGUGGGACGUAAAACUGUUAAAAACAAAAUGCAAUUUUGUGUGCCAGAAAGGUUGUAGGGCGUAUCUAACAUGUUAAUUUUUUGAGACAAGAAUACUUGUAUGUGCGCUAUAUUGUCAAUAAGUUUGUAUAAAUGGCUGAUUGAUUGAUUGAUUGAUUGAUUUGGUGGUCGGUCCGUGGAUCGGUCGAUCAGUCGAAUGAUUGAUUGAUCGCUUGAUUUUUGAUUGAUUGACCGGCCUGUUGGUUGGUCCAUAUAGUCAUCAUGUUUGUGGAGCGAUUUCUUCGCUGGUUGAAGAUGAUUUUGGAUCACAUAGUUUGUUGAUUAUAUUAAUUGAUCACUUUAUUGAUUGUUUUGCAGAUUUUGUUGUAAUUUCGUUCAUGUUCUUUUCAAAGCGUUCACUACGUAACAUUCGCAUACCAUUAAGGCUAUGGAAUCUAAAUUCAGCUCACCGGCUGAGAGGUUCCUUUGCCCGAAGGACCGGCUGAGAGGUUCCGAUGCCCGAAGGAAUAAUUGUUAACUUGAUUUAUUUAGUCGAUGGUUGCUACUUUGGUUUCAAUUUAGAUUUGUUGGAUUGCACGACUACAACAAUCAACAAAAGUAUAGCAAAGCAAUAUACACUUAGCUCUUACUUUAUUGUCUUUGAAUAAAGUCCAAGGGAUGUUUAAAGCAAUGUAUAUACAUCUGGUCUUUGCUACCGUUCGAUUGUUUGAAUCCAAACGAAAUGUUUUUUUUUCUUCAAAAGGUGGUCGCGUUUUUGAGAUAUCGCCGAAAUUCAAGAGCGAAAUGUACAAAGAAUAAUCUCUAACAAGAAUAGACAAUCUGAGAAGCGUUUCUGCAGUAACGCUUUACGGAUUUAAUGUUUUGGGCAUAAUUUACAUAACCACAUUACUUCUAAGUGAAAUGUUUCUCAAAAUAGCUUUCGGCAGUUGAUGUCGGGUUCUAACCAACAGUUUGUAUUGCCAUUCAAUUUAAGAGUGAUUACCAAACGUAUACCUUCCCUUUAAAUCUUCCCUCGUACUGGACUCAAAUCAGUUCCAAUAAAUCAAACUCCAAUGUUUGUUUUGCAACAGUCAUUUUCAAUGAGUUUACCAUUUUUAUUGAACUUUUAUAAUGUGUCAUGGCUUUCAUUGUAAUGAUGUGGAAGAUGUAUUUGUAUAAGGUUUACUAUUCUAAUAUUCUAUUGUAUUUUUUCAUGCAUUGAUUUGUGCGAACAGCAGUGAAUGUUGUAUCGAAACUGUAGUAUUUAUUAUAAAAUAUUGUACAAUUUUGACGAUGUAUUUUAACGGAAUAAGAAAGACGCUGUUCUUUUAUAAUCUUAUGAAAUAACAAACCAUGAAUAAGACAACAUGGUGCAACUUAUGGAAACUGGUUACAAAUUAAUUACCAUUCCGUUGUGAAUUAAUAAGCAGGGAAUGUGCUGAAGCAACUGAAACAUACUUUAUUAUUUUAUUAGAAAUACUCAAUAAAUAAAAAUGAUAAAAAUAAAUAAAUCAAUCCUUAUUCUUCAGGGAAUUUAUUGUCAUAUUUGGACAAAGACUGUAUAAUCAUAGGUCAUUAUUAUGUUUUGCGGGCUAUAAUUGUUAUUGUUGACUAAUACUUUCACCUCUAGUUACAAAGACAACAAAUUAGAUCACAAGGUUCCCUUUGAACCCUUCAAGAAGUAGGGCCCUAGUUGGUCGAAGACAGUUUUCAGGUACAGUAACUAAACAACGUCGGAAUAAUUCCUAUUUAUUAUUAACAUUGAAUAUUUUUAAAAUUACUAUGACUUCUUUCUAACUGUCCACUGGCUGGUCCAUUGGUCAUUUAUUUAUGAAUUAUUUUUAGUACUAAUUGUUGAUGUUUGUCAAAGAAUUUAAUAUACCAUGGAGAAAUAAUAUUGUAGAAAAAAAAAAUAUCAACAACUAAACACGAACUCUCCAGAAAGGUGAAUUAAAAAAGUCACAUUAACAAAGUAUUUUUCAAAGAAUGGUUUCUAUAAAUCGCAAAAGGGCUCUCAAAUACUUAUUUUGUCCUGAUAUACAAUUUACAAAAUGACGUCAUUAAGACGAAUGUUUUUCAACAAAAGAAAGUAUAUGAGCCUACAUUUAUAUGCAGUUAUUAACAGUUAAAUACAUCAGUGUCAUUGCUUUAGAUUACAAGUUCCUUAUCAUGUGUGAAGUAUAUUAUGCUUGGUACAUUAAUAUUAAAGCUGCAAAUUAUUCUAUUGUGUCUAACUAACAAUUCUUAACCCUAUUUAAUGUACUAUUUGGUAGCGUUAUUAGCAAGAAGAGUCAAUUGUAUUAUGAAACUAAACUCAUCGUUAGCCUUGCUUCAAGUUGAUCUAUUUUUGUAUGACUGUUUCGUUGUUAUUUGUGAUCAUGUAAUAUUUGUGAUGCCAAAUAAAUUUCCUGAAUAACAUAAUAAGAAAAUUGAA